GUGGGUUGUACAUUAUUUAAGCUUAAACCUGAAAUAUCUGAUCAGAAUAAUAUCUUCAAAUCUUUCCCAUCCUAUUGUUAAAGUAAAGCAUCCCCAAUAGAUCAGAAACGAUCUUCAAUUUUGUCUGGUCAGUUUCAUGACCAGGCUUAAAUCAGUUUCAUAUUGAAUACUUUUGUUGUCGUGUCUGCUGCGUUGUUCAGAAAAUGAAUAUUUUUAUUACUGUCCUAUUUGUGAAUGGUCACCAGUCAGAUUAGUGGCUGAGAGGUGGCUGUAGUCCAUGCUUGAAACAUCAGGUGAGAAGCUCCUUUAGCUGCUUUUGAGCAAUAAUUCAAGUCUCUCAUCUUGUGCACCCAGAUGUGGAUCAAAAGAAACAGAAGUUUUGUCUCUCAAUAUAAACACGUCUUCCAAAGGCAUGGCUUAAAAUUUGCCUGGCCCUCAUCCAAACAGACUUUGCUCAUACUUUUGGUUGUAGGAAAAUGGUUAAGUUUGAAGGAGUGAGGCUAUUUUUACGAUUGUAUCAGAAUAAUUGAAGCAUUAUUUCUUUGGACCUGCAGCAAGAUAGGAAUAAUACAAAAUCAUGGUGAUAUUAUUGAUGUGUGCCCAGGAUGUAGAUCUGUCACCCUAGAGCCUGUGCAUAAAAAAAGACUAUGGCUGAAACAGAUUUAAUUACUCAUAUUUAGCAGUUAUAGCAGACAAGAAAAGUGCCGAAGGACAAAGUCCUUAACAUGAUGCUUUUAACUUGGUAAAAUGUAUGCUGCCUUGAACUUUUGAAGGAAAGGCAGAGUAUAAAUCUAGGAGAAAACCCCUUUUCCCCCCUUAAUCGAUUAAAGUCUCUGUUGUGGAAAUAUGGAGGUUUGGCUGUAAUAAACAUAGAGAACAGAGAAGGCUGAGGGAAAGUUUAGGAAGAAUUUUUUAAAAGUGGAGAAUGUGAACAAGAAGUUAGUUCCUGUUGGUCUUGGUCUGUUCUAAAUUGCUAGCAAGAGCCCUGGGCAAAAGGAGAGAUGGAGACUGCAACCUUGCAGACCUCAAAGCAACAUUUUCCUCCUCCGGGCAUUGUUUUUUUACACGCUCGGCUUGCCUGGAGGAAUGCGUUAUCCACUUCAGAAGCAAAUUACUGUAAGAAGGGCUUUGAUUUCCCUGGGAGGGAAGACAGAUGUUCCCUGGUUUAGGAUAGACAAAAAUACACAGCAGGUACCUGGCAUUCUUCAGCAACUCUCACCCACCAACUGAACCAGUUUCCUUGUGGUUUUGUUCAAAAGUGACAUCAAAGUGCCAACUAGCCAACUGCAUGUUAGUGACCUGGACACAUCCAGCCUGAAUUAGGUUAAUAAUGGUUAAUAAUUGGAUGUGAUAUAUUAAUUCAAUAGAUCAAUAAUGAACUAUGAAGCAAACAGAGAUGAUAUCUUAAUCAUGUCAGAUCUCACAAUUUAGGUCUGCUAUGGUAUAAUUUUGUUUCUCUUCCCUCAAAAAGUGAUUUGUCCAAACUUGGCACGAGAGGUCUGUGCCCUUCUGUUUCUGUCAAUUUAAUGCUGCCUUAUCUCCUAACCUUGUUCAGUCCUGAAAGGGGGAGGCAGGUUUUUAUUGUGAAACGUUGUGCUAAGACAACAGAUAUUCCAUCACUGCCCUGUGCUUCCUGUCAAAGAGCUUUUUGGCUCUCAGUCUCUGGCUAUUUGCGGCUUGCUAUUUUCUCCCAGCUCAGCAUCGUGAAAAUGCUUUUCCUCCUCGUUUCUUUCACCAACUUCCUGCUUCAGAAGGCGAUUCACUUUCUUGCGUCUUUGCUGCAAGAUACCCCAGUGAUAAAAAAGCUGCUACCCAAGACGAAAUCACCGGUUACUUAUAGCCACAAGAAGGGCUUAGAAUGCAUCUCACCAUUAUUCUCCACCGUACAAGAAACACCUCAAGCGAUCCCAGUAAAACUCCAAGGGCAGAUUCCCAAAUGGUUGAAAGGAAAGCUACUGAGGAACGGGCCAGGAAAAUUCGAAUUCGGACCAGAUAAGUACAACCACUGGUUUGAUGGCAUGGCACUCAUGCAUAAGUUUGAAAUUGGAGAUGGGGUGGUGAAAUACAGCAGCAAGUUUCUCCGGAGUGAUUCUUACCUGACCAACAGCAAGAACAACCGAAUCAUGAUCUCUGAAUUUGGCACCUUGGCCAUGCCAGAUCCUUGCAAGAACAUUUUUGAGCGCUUCAUGUCAAAAUUUGACUUGUUAAAAGAGACGGACAACUGCGUUGUGAAUUUUGUGGUCAUCAAAGGCGACUAUUUUGUCAGCACGGAGACCAGUCAAAUGCACAAGGUGGAUCUGGACACGCUUGAAUCAAAGGAGAAGGUGAACUGGAAAAAAUAUGUUGCAGUGAAUGGAGCCACAGCCCACCCCCACUAUGAUCCAGAUGGAACAGUCUACAACAUGGGCAGCUCUUAUGGGACGCAUGGCUCCAACUAUAACAUCAUCCGUGUUCCUCCCCAGAAGUCUCAGCCUAGUGACUCCAGCCUGCAAGGCGCAGAAGUGUUGUGCACCAUUCAACCCAGGAACAGAAUGAAGCCAGCCUAUUAUCACAGUUUUGGAAUGACUGAAAACUACGUGGUUUUUAUUGAGCAGCCCCUCCUAAUAAAGUUGUGGGAGAUCAUUACAGCCAAUUUUUGGGGGAAAUCCUUACUGGAUGGACUGAGUUGGGAGCCUCAGCUAAACACUCGCUUUUAUGUCGUGAACAAGCACACGGGACAGGUAGAUAUUACCUUGCAUUAUCAUAGCAAGGCCUUCUGCUGUUUCCAUCAUAUCAACACCUUUGAGGACCAGGGGUGUAUCGUCCUGGAUCUCUGCUGUUUUGAAGAUGGGAAUGUUUUUGACAUUUACCGACUGCAGAACCUCCAUAAGGCUAGAGAAGCCCUUGACCAGACUUACAACAUGUUCCCGAAGCCAUUUCCACGGCGCUUUGUUCUCCCGAUCACGGUGAGCUCCAAGGCAUCUGUGGGGCAGAACCUUAACCCUUUGUCCUACACGCUGGCAGAAGCUGUGAAGGAGGCGGAUGGGAAGAUCUGGUGCACGCCUGAAAGUCUACACAAGGAGGACCUCAAAGAAGCCGGAGGAGUGGAAUUAACUCACAUCAAUUAUGCACAUUACUCUGGGAAAAAAUACCGUUAUUUCUAUGGCUGCGGCUUCAGUCAUGUUGUUGGAGACUCCUUGAUCAAGGUUGAUACAGAAACCAAGGAGGUGAAGAUUUGGCGCGAGAAAGGGAUGUAUCCUUCUGAGCCCAUAUUUGUGCCAGAACCUGAUUCUUCGGCAGAAGACAAGGGAGUGAUCCUCUCGGUGGUGCUCACCCCCAAGCAGAAUGAAGGCAGCUUCCUUCUUGUUCUGGAUGCGGAGAAUUUCACCGAACUGGGCCGCACCGAGAUCCCCGUCCAGAUCCCCUGUGGCUUCCAUGGGGGCUUUGUCCCCAGUUAAAUGCCACCUGUUGAGACAGCAGAGAUUCGGGGAUCUCCACCGUGGUGUCCAAAACGCUGUGGACCAACUACUUCCUCUAGAUGUGCCUUGAUUUCCUAGACUCCCCAAUCGGGCUCCACUUUGAUUCACUGAGAAAUAGCCAUUUUUCUCAUCUGAGUCAAGUUUUCUAAUUCAAAGCAAGACGUUCAGAAUUAUGAUGCAUAUUGGCCAGUGGGAAGUGAUAAUCAAUCAAUCAGAAUAGAGCUGGAAGGGACCUUGGAGGUCUUCUAGUCCAACUCCCUGCAUAAGCAGGAGACCCUGUCCAGUCUCUUCCUAAAAACCUCCAGUGAUGAAACACCCACAACUACUGAAGGCAACCUGGUUAAUUGUCCCCACUAUUAGGAAGUUUCUCCUGAAUUCCAGGUUGCUUCCCUCCUGGUUUAGUUUCCAUCCGUGGUUUCUUGUCUUGCCUUCUGGGGCUUAUUACCCAGAUACAUGAGCUUUUCUAAUUUAAAAAAGAGGCUUUGCUAAACAUAGUAUAUUUUUCUAUUAAUUGACUUAAUUUAUGAUGGGACCUAAUCUGGAUUCCCAGGAGGGAGAGACUGCAUCCCAGAUGGCAAAGGGGUAGCGGAAGUUUGGUGGAGGGUUAAAAGGGCUCCUUCCUAGCGAUUUCCAGAGUUUAUCUGCAGUUAUGCAGAUAGCUGCUUUAGUUUGGCAAGAGUCUGUCUGUAAGUGAAGAAUAAUAAAAUAAAUCACUCUCUAGUAA